AUGUUGAAAGAUUAUGAAAUAAAUAUUGAUUGUCUCAAAUACACUGUAAGUUCGCAUAAUAAUGAAAUGCUUAAAUAUAUCAUUGAAAUUAAAGAUUUCGUAUUUGAAGAAUGGAUUCAAAGAAUCAAAAUAUAUGAUGCUUUUGAAUAUAUAAUCAAAUAUCAAAACUUAAAGGUCGUAUUUUUGCUUUUCGAAAAGAAUAAAAAUUCUAUUUUUCCAUGGUGUGCUGCAUUUCCACAAACAAUAGAUAUUAUCAGAAACAAUGAAUUUCCUGAUAAAACCGAUUAUCGUAAUAGGAAUAUUAUACAUUUUGCAUGUAAAUCGCAAAAUUCUGAUAUUUGCAGAGUUCUACUUGCCUCAUCUUAUAAAUUUCGAGUCAAUUGUUUUGAUGAUAAGAAAAUGACUCUACUCCAUUACGCUGCAAAAAGGAAUAAUAAAGAAAUAGUUGAAUUUCUUCUUUCAUAUGGCGCGGAUAUCAAUAAAAAAGACUAUAAUGGAAAAACUGCUCUCCAUAUUGCAGCAGAAUAUAAUAAUAAUAAAGAAAUAUUAGAACUUUUCCUUUCAUAUGGUGCAAAUAUCAAUGAAAAAGAUAAAGAUGGGAAAACCGCUCUCUAUAUUGCAGCAGAAUAUCAAAGUAAAGAAAAUGUAGUACUUCUUCUUUCAUAUGGUGCAAAUAUCGAUGAAAAUGAUGAAUAUGGAAGAACAUCUCUCUUUAUUGCAGCAGAAAAUAAUAGAAAAGAAACAGCAGAAUUUCUUAUUGAACAUGGUGCAAAUAUCGAUGAAAAUGAUGAAUAUGGAAGAACAUCUCUCUUUAUUGCAGCAGAAAAUAAUAGAAAAGAAACAGCAGAAUUUCUUAUUGAACAUGGUGCAAAUAUCGAUGAAAAUGAUGAAUAUGGAAGAACAUCUCUCUUUAUUGCAGCAGAAAAUAAUAGAAAAGAAACAGCAGAAUUUCUUAUUGAACAUGGUGCAAAUAUCGAUGAAAAUGAUGAAUAUGGAAGAACAUCUCUCUUUAUUGCAGCAGAAAAUAAUAGAAAAGAAACAGCAGAAUUUCUUAUUGAACAUGGUGCAAAUAUCGAUGAAAAUGAUGAAUAUGGAAGAACAUCUCUCUUUAUUGCAGCAGUAUAUAAUAGAAAAGAAAUAGCAGAACUUCUUCUUUCGCAUGGUGCAAAUAUCAAUGAAAAAGAUAAUCAUGGAAGAACAUCUCUCUUUAUUGCAGCAGAAAAUAAUAAUAAAGAAACAGCAGAACUUCUUCUUUCGCAUGGUGCAAAUAUCAAUGAAAAAGAUAAUCAUGGAAGUACUUCUCUCCAUAUUGCAGCAGAAAAUAAUAAUAAAGAAAUAGCAGAACGUCUUCUUUCACAUGGUGCAACAAUAAAUGAUUAUAUUAAGGAAAAACUCGUUGAAAUCGACUCUUCCUACAACAACGAAGCAAAAGAGUACGACGACUUAUAA